GUCAGGGAGACGUCUACGGCUCUGCACUCAGCUCCCUGGCCUUGGGCGACCGCCUGACGGAACAUCGGGCCCGCAUGCAGCACGCGCAUGGCGCCUCCUCUGCUGGCCUCGGGAGCGUUGACCAGUGGUAUGUCGACGACGGGCAAGCCUUUGUGCGCCUUGACGUCGCCGAGGAAUGGCUGCGGUCCGUGGACGCCGCCAUCCUCGCUGUUGGUGGCAGCCGCUCAGCGGGGGCAGACUGCAAGAGCCACGCUCGCUUGCUGUGCACCCCGGCCUACGCGGCCGACCAUCCUGACUGGGCCAGCGACUACAUCCGCAAGACCUGCAUCGUCGGAGUCGGGGCCUCGUCCUCGCCCAAAGUGCUCGGCGUGCACAUUGGCAGCGAAGACGCCUGCUCGGCAGACAUGGACAAGCUUACCCUAACAGUCGCACAGGCACGCGCGACUCUGUCGGUAGAUGCUGGAGGACUCGGCAUGCGAGAAGCGAGCACCAUCGCCAUGCCCGCCUUCCUGGCCAGUCGAGUCGCGUCUCACCCCAUGGUUGCCGAAAUGUGCGAACACACUGCCGCUGCUGGCCUCUGCUCCGCUGCGCUCUCUUUGCAGACCUACGACGCCCGUACAGCCGCGGCAUGGGCUGUGUGGCUGCAGAGUCUCCCCGAAGCCGUGCACGGCGAGGCUCGUCAACUGCUGGCUGACGCCCGCGACCUAGCACAGCGGCGCUGGGAGAGCCUUGUUCGAGGAUGCGAGCCCGCCGCCGAGACCACUGGUGGCCCCCCGGCCCUGGCCCCGGGCGGCAGACUCAUCGCCGCUUUGGGGACUGAAGACGUCGAGCACCCACACACCCGCACAGCACAUGGUGCCCUUGCCCUCCAGCAGCAGCUCACGCGGCUUGCCGACAGAUGUGUCGCUGCCGGUCUCAUGGACAAGUUGCGUGCCCAGGAGCGCUGGGGAGACCUGCAUCGCCUCCAAGACUUGUCUGCUCCGGAUGCCUCACAUGACUGGCUAUGGGCC